GCGCGCGUGUGUGUGUGUGGAGAGAGAGCUGCUGGCUCUGCUCGGCUCACUGCUGGAAAUGGCGAUCCGGAGUCGCCAGCACUUUUCUCCGCGUCUUCUCCUCGCUUCUGCGGCUUUCUUCCUCUUCUUUGCGCAGUUUGCGCAUUCUUGUCCGAGUCGCUGUCUGUGCUUCCGAACCACCGUGAGAUGUAUGCAUCUGAACCUGGAAGCCGUGCCGGUGGUGUCUCCUCAGACAACCAUUCUAGACCUGAGGUUCAACAAAAUCAAGGAUUUACAGCCGGGCUCCUUCCGGCGGUUAAACAACCUCAACACACUACUUUUAAACAACAAUCAUAUCCAAAGGAUCCCCAGGGGAGCGUUUGAAGACCUCGAAAACCUCAAAUAUCUCUAUUUGUACAAGAAUGAAAUCCAAUCAAUUGACAGACAAGCGUUUACGGGGCUUGUUUCUCUUGAGCAACUGUAUCUGCACUUCAACAACAUCGAGACUCUGGAGCCAGAAUCCUUCACCCAUCUCCCGAAACUGGAGCGGCUGUUUUUGCACAAUAACAGAAUCAAGCAGCUCGUUCCAGGAACCUUCUCACAUCUUCAGGCUAUGAGGCGACUGCGACUGGACUCUAAUGCAUUAAACUGUGACUGUGAGCUGCUCUGGUUGGCUGACCUGCUGAAGCAGUAUGCCGAGUCGGGGAACGCCCAGGCUGCAGCCACCUGCGACACUCCCAGCCGCCUGCAGGGCCGAUCGGUGGCGACGCUUACGGCUCAGGAGCUCAACUGCGAGGUGCCGAGGAUCACGUCUGAGCCACAGGACGCUGACGUUACAUCAGGAAACACGGUGUACUUCACCUGCAGGGCAGAGGGCAACCCAAAGCCCCAGAUCAUCUGGCUGAGGAACAACAAUGCUUUAAACAUGCGUGACGACAGCCGUUUGAACCUGCUGGAAGACGGGACUCUGAUGAUCCAGGACACGAGAGAGACGGACCAGGGAGUCUACCAGUGCAUGGCCAAAAACGUGGCUGGGGAGGUCAAGACCUCUGAGGUUACUCUGCGGUACUUUGGAGCUCCAUCACGACCGAGUUUUGUGAUCCAACCCCAGAACACGGAGGUUCUGGUUGGGGAGAGCGUGACCCUGGAGUGCAGCGCCACCGGCCAGCCUCAGCCGAGGAUCACCUGGACGAAGGGCGACCGCACCCCCCUGCCCAACGACGUCCGCAUCAACAUCACCCCGUCUGGAGGGCUUUACAUGCAGAAUGUAGUCCAGGGAGACGGGGGGCAGUACACGUGCUUCGCCUCCAAUAACGUGGACACCAUACACGCCACAGCCUACAUCAUUGUGCAGGCAUUCCCCCAGUUCACCGUCACGCCCCAGGACCAGUCCAUCCUGGAGGGUCUCACGGUGGAGUUCCCCUGUGUGGCGAGCGGUUACCCAGAGCCAGCCAUCGUCUGGACUCGAGGGGGAAACCCUCUGCCGUCGGACAGUCGUCACGGCAUCCUGUCCUCCGGUACGCUUCGCAUCGCUCGGGUGACGGCCAGCGACGAAGGUGUCUACGAGUGUCAGGCAGUCAGUCCAGUGGGGACGGCGCACACGGCGGUGCAGCUCCGCGUCAAUCAGAGGGCGCUCCCCCAGUUCACCGUCACGCCCCAGGACCAGUCCGUCUUGGAGGGCCACACGGUGGACUUCCCCUGCGAGGCAAGCGGUCAACCACAGCCAGUGAUCAUCUGGACUCGAGGAGGAAGUCCGGUACCUUCCGACCGCCGUCACGUUGUUCUAUCCUCUGGAACGCUUCGCAUCACUCGGGUCGCGGCGCACGAUGAGGGUCUGUACGAGUGUCAGGCGGUCAGUCCAGUUGGGACUGUGAGCGCCACCGUGCAGCUCCGCAUCCAGCAGAGAGUAACGCCUGUUUUCACAAAUGCUCCAAGGGACCUGACCGUGGAGGCUGGCCAGGAUGUGCAGAUUCCCUGCAGAGCUCAGGGCCAGCCGCGGCCGAUCCUCACCUGGAACAAGGAUGGCAUUCAGGUGACUGAGAGUGGCAAGUUCCACAUCAGUGCCGAAGGUUACCUGGAGGUGAAGGAUGUGGGCACGGCGGACGCCGGGCGCUACGAGUGCAUCGCGCGCAACCCCAUCGGCUACCAGGUUGCUAGCAUGGUGCUCACGGUCACGAUUCCUGCAGUCAGCCGAGAAGGAGACACCUUCGUGAGCACGUCCAUAGAGCAGGCCAUCCGUAACGUGGACAGUGCCAUCGAGUCCACGAGGAGACGUCUCUUUGACGGUCAGCCUCGUACUCCAGGAGAGCUGCUCGCUCUUUUCCGAUACCCACGGGAUCCCUACACGGUGGAGCAGGCACGAGCCGGCGAGAUCUUCGAGCAGACUCUCCUGCUCAUCCAGAACCACGUCAACCAGGGCCUCAUGGUGGACACCAACGGCACCGCCUUUCGCUACAACGACCUGGUAUCCCCCCGCUUCUUGGACAUGAUUGCUAAUCUCUCUGGCUGCACAGCCCAUCGCCGCAUAAACAACUGCUCUGACAUUUGCUUCCACCAGAAGUACCGCAGUCACGAUGGCACCUGCAACAACCUGCAGCACCCCAUGUGGGGGGCCUCGCUGACUGCCUUUGAGCGCAUCCUGAAACCAGUCUAUGAUAACGGCUUCAAUCUGCCGAGGGGUACCACGGACAGGGUGCACAAUGGCUACAGGCUGCCGUUGCCCAGGCUGGUGUCUACUACGAUGAUUGGAACAGAAACCAUCACUCCUGAUGACCGAUACACUCACAUGCUCAUGCAGUGGGGUCAGUUCCUGGACCAUGAUUUGGAUUCAACUGUGGUGUCACUGAGCCAGUCACGGUUUUCCGAUGGACAGCUGUGUGUUCAGGUCUGCACAAAUGACCCUCCGUGCUUCCCGGUCCAGUUCCCGCCCAAUGACCAACGGCAGCUGCGGAGUGGUGCUCGCUGCAUGUUCUUUGUGCGGAGCAGCCCGGUGUGUGGCAGCGGAAUGACAUCUCUACUCAUGAACAGUGUAUACCCCAGAGAGCAGAGCAACCAAAUCACUUCCUACAUCGACGCCUCGAAUGUCUACGGCAGUUCGCGACACGAAUCUGAGCAAAUCCGAGAUAUGGCCAGCCACAGGGGGCUACUCCGUCAGGGCAUCAUACAACGGACAGGGAAACCGCUCCUGCCUUUCGCCACAGGACCGCCCACUGAGUGCAUGAGGGAUGAAAACGAAAGUCCCAUCCCAUGUUUCCUGGCCGGAGAUCACCGUGCCAAUGAGCAGCUUGCUCUGACUGCCAUGCACACGGUGUGGUUCCGGGAGCACAACCGCAUAGCGACGGAGUUGCUGCGACUGAAUCCCCACUGGGAUGGGGACACCAUCUACCACGAAACCAGGAAAAUUGUGGGAGCCCAAAUGCAGCACAUCACCUACAGUCACUGGCUGCCAAAGGUUCUUGGUGAUGCAGGUAUGAAGAUGAUGGGAACGUACAGCAGUUAUAACCCCAACAUUAACGCAGGCGUCUUUAAUGCCUUUGCCACUGCUGCUUUCCGCUUUGGACACACCCUCAUCAACCCGGUGCUGUACCGGUUGAAUGAAAACUUUGAACCCAUAUCCCAAGGACACCUCUCUCUGCACCGGGCCUUCUUCUCUCCGUUUCGUAUUGUCAAUGAGGGCGGCAUCGACCCCCUCCUCCGCGGGCUCUUUGGCGUAGCCGGAAAAAUGCGUGUUUCCUCCCAGCUUCUGAACACGGAGCUCACUGAGAGGCUGUUCUCAAUGGCUCAUGCUGUGGCUCUGGAUCUGGCUGCCAUGAAUAUUCAGAGAGGAAGGGACCACGGUAUCCCACCAUACAACGACUACAGGACCUUCUGUAACCUGACCUCCGCUCAGACGUUCGAUGACCUGAGGAACGAAAUCAGGAAUCCUGAUGUCAGAGAGAAGCUGCGACGACUGUACGGCACUCCUCUGAACCUUGACCUGUUCCCAUCCCUGAUGGCUGAGGACCUGGUCCCUGGCAGCAGACUGGGGCCCACCCUCAUGUGUCUGCUGGCAUUGCAGUUCAAACGUGUGCGAGACGGCGACAGGUUCUGGUACGAAAAUCCAGGCGUGUUCAGUCCCGCCCAGUUGACCCAGCUGAAACAGGCCUCUCUGGCUCGGGUUCUUUGCGAUAACGGGGACAACAUCACGCGCGUCCAACAGGACGUGUUCACAGUGGCCCAGCUGCCGCACGGCUACGGUAGCUGCAACGACAUCCCUCGCAUCGACCUGCGCAUGUGGCAGGACUGCUGCGAGGACUGCAGAACCAAGGGUCAGUUCAACGCCCUGUCCUACCACUUCAGAGGAAGAAGAUCAGCUGAGCACAGCUACAAAGACCAGAAGCCAGCUAACAGCAUUCAGGAGGAAAGUUCACUCAAACAAGACGAAGAGAGUCCUGCAAAUGUUACUCUGAGCUCUAAAAAAAGUGGCGAGCCGUCGCCUGGAGACUUUCAGGAGUUUGUCUCCGACAUGCAGAAGACCAUCACGAGCUUACGGAAGCAGAUUAAAAGACUCGAAGCCCGACUGCACAAGACCGACUGCACUGAUGGCGAGGGUCGUGAGCGAACCGAUGGCGAACGGUGGCGAAAGGAUCCCUGCUCUACGUGUGAAUGCAGCGAUGCCCAGGUGACCUGCUUCGUGGAGUCUUGUCCAACACUCGACUGCAAGCAUCCCGUCAAGCUAAAAGGCUCCUGCUGUCCAGUCUGUCUCCAACAGGAAGACGUUCAUAAGCGACACAAAGCGGACACCCGUUACGGUUAACCCUCAGGACCACCCCACCCCCACACAAACGACCACAUCAGAGAGGAGAGGAGACGCGACUGAUCCACAGCCACAGUUAACCUCAACAGACCCAACAACCUCUCAGAUUCUUUUUCCUUCAUCAGGGGUUGGAGGUCGUGUUUUUGACUGUUUCAAUUGGUUGCACAAGUCCGCGGCUCGGUUGUAAACCCUCCUGCAGCAAGCCGACAAACACUCCGUGGAUUUACUCCUGUAGCGACGCGUAAACUCAAAACAGGAUGGACAGAACUUCCCUUCCUUGUUCGAUGAGGCUUCUGAAGUGUAAAAAUAAAAAAAGUAAAUAAAACGGGACCAGUCGCCUUUGAGAAGCAGGAAAGGGAAGUUAGUGGAAAACCAGCCACCUCUUCGAUGUCUCACAAAGUUUUCUCAGGUCAGAGAUGCCGAAACCCGGUGCUAUUUCCCACUUUUAUUGUGAUUUAGUCAGAAAAUCCGAACCUUAAAGUAUUAUCAUUUGUAUGCAGCAUUUAUGUAAACUCAGUAUUUCCUUUAAUGCAACGUCAGAGCCGAGCGGAUCGUUGUGACUGUUUUAAUCCGUGGUGCUUCAUGUAUUCUGUACUUUUUAGCUUUUACCCUUUUCUAUGUACACGCGAACAUAAUGUGAAGCCCCACAAAAACAUUUUUCAUGCGAAACAAACAUGUCUACUGAACACAGCUUUUCUCUGGGCGGAUGAGGCGCUGCCUGCCUGGGCGGGAGCGAGGUCUGAGGUCCGUCGUCUUCGCAGCUUCGCCCAGCGGCGUCGCUGCAGCAAAGCAAUGACUGAAAACCUCUUUUGUGCAACUGUUCUGAACUUUCUCCCAGCGUUCCUCCUCAGCUUAAAGCCAAAAAAGUAGCUUGUAUGUCUAUGGAUGUUGUGAUUGUCUGGAUGCAGCCUUCUGCUAACUCCACCGCUGGAGUAUUCUCCGUUUUCAUUCUGCAGCUCUUUGCUCCUGAGGCUCUCCAGCUUCAGUUUACACAAGGACACGCUCGCAUGCAUUCUUUAACUCCGCCUUUCCCUGUUGUUUCCCGCUUGUCCCUGUCAGAAGGGAGCUUCAGCAUUAGGAAUGCUGACCCUGCUCUUGUUUUUCUGCCAUGUUGAAGAUUUGAGUCUGAGCUGACAUCAUUUAGUGGAACGCCGGCUCCUCCGACCCUCAUUCCGCGCUAAUAGAAGCCACAUGCGAGGGGGAACGGGGGCAUGACGGGGCGUAGGGGGAGGGAGCUGCAGUAACACCGGGCGUUCUCAUGCGUACUGUACGCAGACAAAUACCACUCAUUGUUACUCGUGCACUGGCUCGUUUUUGUUUCCCUGUUUUUGCUCCGCGCCUCAUUGUGUUGUAGCCCUCGUGUUUUCUUUCCAUCGCUUUGUUUUUCUGUUGCUGAGCAGAAAUAAAUCACAAUUUUCCACUAAUGGGGGGCUGCAGCCACACUGGUGUCAAAUAUAUUUAUAUGUACUCUAAAUUCAUCUGGCGUCAUCUUGUGAUCUGGGUGCUAAAGCACGUCGUCACCAGGCCACAGUUUGUUGCUUUGUCUUUUUUUAGGUGUCAUUGGAAAGCACUGCCCUGCAGGACCGAGCAAGCCUCACCCUGCAGGACCGAGGAUUUACUAGCACCCAUCGUGACAGUGGUAUUGUACUUUUUCUAAAGAACGGUUUGCACUGUGAUGUAUGCCUCUCAGCAGUAAUAAUAAAAAGCCACAUUUGAAUGACA